AGAAGUUGAAGUAGUAUAACAUUAUUUACAUAAUAAUCCUCCUUCAAACUCUUUCCCCCUUUUUCUCUCUUAUUACUCCUACUUGACAGCAAAUUAGAGUUUGCAGCUGUCUCAUCCAUCUCUUUCUCUCUCUAUCUCUUCCUCCUCUUAACCUAACACCCCUUUUCUCUCUCUUAAUUCUUCUCCACCCAUCAUCAUCAUCAUCAUCCUCUUUCCUUCUCUUCUCUCUCCCUCUCUCUAUGAUUCUUCAGUCAUAGAAGAAUCCAGAUAAGCUUCAUUAUGAUCACUAUCAUCAACAUCAUGAUCAUGAUCAUGAUGAUCAAAGAAAUUAGUUCUUGUCAUUUUCAUGUUUUAUGAGCUUAAUUAAGAGCUUAAUCAAUCAAGGGGGAAUUUAUCAUUUUUUUUAAUUUACUAUAUAAAUAUAAUAUAUUUAUAUAUUUAUCAACAUUUAUAUAGAAGUAUUAGUAUGGCUAAUUAUCAUGGACAUCAUCAAUAUCGAUCACCAUUUGGUGAUACAACAUACACAAAAGUGUUUGUUGGAGGCUUAGCAUGGGAGACUCCUACGGAAAGAAUGCGUGCUUAUUUUGAGCAAUUUGGCGAGAUUCUUGAAGCUGUUAUCAUUACUGAUAAGAAUACUAGCAAGUCCAAAGGCUACGGUUUUGUGACAUUCCGAGACCCUGCUGCCGCUACAAGGGCGUGUUUGGAUGCUAACCCAAUGAUCGAUGGACGAAGAGCUAAUUGCAACAUUGCUUCCUUUGGUCGCCCUAGGCCUUCUCCUCCAAGAGGUAGAACACAAGGAGGAGGAGGAGGAGGAGUACAAGGACAGGCAUCGUCAACGUCGUAUAGUGGAAUGCCAACACCACAACAGACAUUGCCAACACCAUAUUUUUAUCCUUAUGGGUACCCUUAUACGGCUUAUACUUACCAAGUGAUGGGAUACAUGCAGGGGCUAUACAACCCACAAAUGCAGCAGCAAUCACAGCAGUACUAUGCACAAUUCUAUGGUGGGUCCCCUUCUAAUUCAUCUCUUGGGGCUCCUUUUUAUUAUCCUGGAUAUUCUAUGCCUACUACCAGACCUGGAUUUUCUUCCUCCCCUCAAGCGCAUCGUAUGCCUGGCCCCUCUUAUCUUUACUAUCCUACGCAGCUUGAUGGCGCACCUUUCACCCAGUAUCCUAAUCCUGCGCCUGCUUUUCCUUCUGAUGCCGUUUCUCUUACUCAGCAUACCCAUCCUGUCCCAGCAUCUUCUACAGAAGAAUCACAAGGUCAACAAAACAGCUCUGUAGAGACAGAUACAAUGGUGGUGCAUUCUGAAGGUCCAAGCACUUGAUCAACAACCCCUGAUGUUCAAAAAAAAUUGUACAAUUCUUUUUAACAAAAACUCCAUCCAUGCUCUUCAAAUAUAUUUUUUAUUUUUCUUUUUCAUAAUUUCCCUAACCAACUUUUUCAUCAUUAAAUUAUAAUUAAUUUUAUGGGUCUUAAGCUAUGGGAAAAGGAGAGAUCAUCUCAUUCAAUCUUCGCAUUUGGCAAUGGUGGAAGCUAUCAGCUAUAUGGACUUACUCACUUAUUCUUUUUAUCAUUAAAAUAAUUCUUUGUGAAUUACUCUUUUCUUUUUGUCCCAUCUUAUUAUUAUUAUUAUUAUUAUUAUUAUUAUUAUUAUUAUUAUGGUGUUAUAUUACUAAGCACAAAAAUGCUUAUUUAACAAGUUUUUUAUUAUUUUAAUACUGUAUGAUUUAAAAGAGUAAAGGACCCUUAUGAAUAAG